AGGACGGUCAGUCUUGCCACAACACCACUUAUCGAUCUAAAGCUCAUGCGACAGAGAAGUUACUACGUACUAGAGGUAGCUGUGCAAGAUUUUCGUUUCUCCUUUACUUUGUUUUCCUCUUGUGAGUAGAUUUUGUUGGCUAAGAAUCGCAAAGGCAAAGUGAAUCUCUGUGUAAGUCUUUUACUGGGGGUAAAUGAGUACUAGGAGUAGCGAGUAAGAACAGGGCAGCAAACACAUCAUGGCGACGGCAAGCAGCAGCUCCUCGGGGGCCUUCGUGAACCGCGCGGGGCUAAAAGCCGAGCAAGAGGUAUCAAAGCGAAAGACAAAGUUAUGUGCGUCAGGAGCGACUUCUUUGAGAGUGCGACAAGUGUAAAAAUGUAAACUGUGGGCAGACUGUCGCUGUCUAACUCUUGUUUGCGCACUUGUCGUCGUUAUUCGAGAAACCAAGGUAUGCGUGCGAGCUAAGCAUGUUAAUGAUUCAAAUUGCAUACGUUCUGCUGUCGAUACGGCAUUGGAAUCUGUCUCCACUCGACGAGAUGAAGCCGCUGAUUGCUCACACAUUUUUUUGUGCUUCCAUGAGACCAGAUCCUGAAGGAGGGCAUGCACGGACUGUCCUGGCUAUCCUAGAGAAAAGUACAUCCGUACCAGAACCAAAAAUUGAUGUGUGGUCAAAAUAGAUGUGUGUUGCUGGUUUUCUGUUGCAAAUAGAUUAUGAUCUGCAACAGAGGGCCGCUUCUGUCUGGCAUGGAGAAUGUAAUGCCGGCUAGCGCGCCAAAGGGAAAGGUCAGGCUGAGGCGCCCGAAAAAAUUUGCCAAGCUGAACUACAGACAGCAAGGAAGGAAUUUUUCUGGAUGCAAAAAAUGGCAUGGCAAAUACUUUUUUUUUUCUGGUGUGGGUAUGCUUUUCUGUAGAAUACUGGCCCGCGACGGGGUUUGGGAAGGAGAAGACCGGGCCGCAUCUAGUCCAGAACGACUUGAGUUUCGAGGAGCUUCGGUUUCAGCAGAUGCAGCUCCCCACCGCGGACCAGAAGCAAGGCCUGUGGGUGCAAUUGCACCAGCAACAGAUCGAACGGUACGUGCAGGUGUUCGGGCCAGACCUAGUCGCCAAGUCCCUGGGCUGCACGCUGCAGGGGAAGCGGCUGGACGACAGCUUGUAUGCAAGGGAAAAGAAGUAGCAGCUUUGGCUACUCGCGCGACUACUGUUUGAAAAAAAUCUGUCUCUCCUUUUUGAUGUCGUGCCGAAAAGGUUGUAGCACAACGGCCAGCACGUGGGUCUAAUUCAAAAUCAAGUAACCGGAAGCGGUUCUUUCUUAACGCAGAACCACAUGUAGGAAUAUCAAUAGUGUCUCCAGCCGUGCGUAUUGCGUGCUGUAAAUGUGAAAGUACUCUAUCUCGUCAAUGGCAGUGUUUGUGAUAGUCCUAGCAACACCAGGCAAUGGAUCAUUAUCCUUCGCAAAACAGUACCAGAAGUACGGCAACACUUUUUCCAUUGCAUAAAUGAGUGGUGAAGCUAAUGCAGGGUGUGAAACUGCUGCCCGCAACAUCGACCUCGUCCUCGUCCGCUGCACACCCGUUCGGGGCAACAGCGCCGGUGCAGGCACAGGCACAACCAGGUCCAGGACUCGUGCUCGGCGGCGCCACUGGUGGCGCGACCGCAAAUUCUCAACUUCAGCACCCCUUUGGAGGAGGCGGGGCACCAAGUGCAUCGCAAGGCAACCAGCAUCCAUUCGGGGCGGCACAACCAGUGCAAGGCGGCUUUGGCCAUUCCACCGCAGCCGGCAGCGGCAACCCAUUCGGCCCGCAGGCGGCAAUGCAGCAGCAGCAGCAGCUGCAACAGGCACCUGGCGGGGGGCUUCAACUGUCGCAGCAGCAGCCCACAGCACCCAGCAACCCUUUCGGGCAGCAGCAGAUGCAGACUUUUGGCGCAGCACCACAGGGUGGCGGAUUUCUGCAGCCACAGCAAGCUCCGGGAGGAACGAGUUUUGGGCAGCCUGCUGCGAGCAGCAGCAGUACCUCGAGCAAUCCAUUCGGAACCGCAGGCCGUGCGUCCGGGGGUGGGUUGUUCGGAGCACCAUCCGCGCCCGCAAGCGGCGUGAUCAAUACCGGCCAGGCCCAGACCUUCGGAACCAGCAGCAGCGCACCGGUGCCUAGCUUCGGGCAGCCCGCGAGCAAGCCGCUUUUCGGCGGGUCGUCCUCUUCUUCCAGUGGGGUGUUUGGCGUGGCUAUCAAAUGUAAAAAUGUCUGGGUCUGGAAGAAUUCAUGUUUGUCAUGCUUGUCUGGCAUGACUCCUAAAUCUGUCAUGCACGUUACCCAAGAGCUCCGCUUUUCUGUGAUGCAGAAGCGCAGUUUGUCAUGCAGAAUAGGCAACACCUAGGAGCUCAGAAACCUGUCAUGCUUAGGCAGCAUCUGUAGCCUCAUCAUGAGACGCCACCCAGCAUCACAAGUUUCCAGACCCAGACACUUUUACUUUUGAUAGUGGCGGCCGGAAGCGGAGGCUCUGCGGGACAGGGCUUCCAGAUCAGUGGCGGCGGCGGCGGGAUGGGCGGCUUUGGCGGCUGUAUGCACAAGAACUGAAAGGAGGAGGAAGUCACUUUGGACGAGUCCCUUGUGGCACUACAGAACGUGGCGCGUGGCUCUCAAGAAACUGCAGUCAAUUUUUGAUUCGGUGUGAAAGUAGAACACCGCACAAAUAAAGGUCAUGUGCUCGUCCUGUGCAGGAAAAAGAUGACACUCAUGUUACUUCGUACAAGUUAUCUUCUCUCCCUAUUGUCUCGUCGCUCUUGCUUUUGGCUGCCUCGAUCACGAGGAGGACGACAUCACAAAGUAUCGGGCAAGAUAGGAGAAGCCAAGAACGUUUUGUACUUGAUUCUGCUGAAGUAAAAAAACAAUCGAGGCAAAGCGGCAAAUCCGUAUCAUGUGCACAUCGCCCCCUUACCUCGUCUGUAAACAGGGAAAGACUCAUCUUCCAAAUUUCUUACCUUCUUCUUUCCUUUGAUACCGACAGGCACCAACGCUUUCCGCACUGCCGCAGUUCUAUAUUGAGAGGAAAAAUCCCCCCUCCCCAUAUCGAAAAGGUAUCUUUCCGAAAAUUUGUGUUGCUGAUUUGAGGUCACAAAUCACAUUUGAUUUGUCUUGCAAGAAGACAAGGGCAGAAGCUUCCGCCCCAUUAUGGAAGCGAUUUUUCAUGCUGUUGGGCCUAAAGGUCAGCCGUUUGCAAUGCUGACCAACUAGAUCCAUACGCCCCUCCCUAGCCUGGGGAUCUGGCCGCAGUGCUUUCCUGCAAUACAAAUCUGAUUUGUGUACGCAAAUCCAGCAUCACAGAUUUUCUUUUUGAUAUGGGGAAGGGGGAUUUUUCCUUUUCAUAUUCUACCCACCGCGGCUGGUAGCAGCUUCGGACAGGCGGCAGUGGCGACCGCGGCCACCAGCAACCCGUUUGGAAACAAAAAGGAAAAGGCCAACGCGGCAAAAGCGACUGCCGAUUUAUUGGGCCUGGAUGACGAAGACGACGACAUUGCGGGCGGUGCGCCCCCCGGGACAACUGACGGCGGUCUCACCGGGCUCGCGCCAACGGUGCCGACAGGAGCAGGCGGGGGCACCAGUCUACGACAAGCAAACUGUUGUAGUUGUGCAGCCCUCCUUUCAGCAGGAAUCUCCACCACGCGGGUUAUUUGCAACAGAUUCAGCAUGCUGGUAUAGUUCUCACGAGAAUACUUUGCAUCGUUCAUCUUCCUGUUCCUUCCGGAUGCGACAGAAAGCGCGCUCUGUUUGUCGUCCCGCUUAUUUAAGUAGUUUAUUCUGCAUGCUUAGUUUGUAUCGACCUACGGUCAACCGCAUGGAAGACCUGGGAAAAAGAAGGAUGUGUGAAAAACGAAAACCGUUGCUAACAACGAGCAUACGUUAUUCUGCUGUGCGAGGCAAAGGUAAAGCUGCACUUCUUUUCCGUGUGACAAGAACUUUUUGGUACGGGCAGCAACGUAGACACGACAAGCGCCGGCGGCGCAAAUCUCAGUUCCGCCUCCACCUCCGCGUCGCUGUUUGGAACCGCCGGCCCCACGCCCGGGCCUCAGCAAGCUCCGAUCGCUACAGCUCCUGCAUCAGCUCCGAGUGCUGGUGAUGUAGCAGACGACCCGGUGAAACGGCAGCAGUUAUUGGAGCUUUACACGCAGGGCGAGAGCUUUCCGCCCUUCCAGAUUCCCCUUGAGCCACCGCCGGUUUGGAUCCGACAACAACUGAAUUGCGAAGCGGCUGGGGAAUACCGUGUCUAUGCGACGUAGCACGGGGAAGUACAAUGAUGAGGAUACAGGAACGAAUAAGAUUAAGAAUUUCACAACGAAGAUUCCUUGGUCACGUUUUACCUGGAUCCUCAAGGAAUCUAUUUUGAGAGUGCGACGAAACCAAGUCAUGCGGUGACUGCUGGUUUUCCGCAAGACCGGGUCUCGUGGUCAUUUUUUUCUUGCAGCAUCACCCAUCGACCCACUGUCAAACGGUGCGCGGAACGACGGCAAAAAACAUGUGCCGUGCAUUUGUAUAGAAUUUGUUCGCGA